AUGCUAAACGCGGAGCAUCCCCUGACAGCCGAGCCCUCAGAUCUCCGAGCCAUCAAAUCCCCGCCUGAGCUCCACCGCUUGGUAGACUACAACCUUUCCUACAGGAACUGCACCCUUUCCUACUACACCCAGACCAACAGGAACUACACCCUUUUCCUACAGGAACUGCACCCUUUCUACAGGAACUACACCUUUUCCUACAGGAACUACGCCUUUUCUACAGGAACUACACCCUUGUCUAUUCUACAGGAACUACACCCUUUUGAAGACUACACCCUUUCCUACAUGAACUACACCCUUUUAACAGGAACGACACCUUUUCCUACAGGAACUACACCCUUUCUACAGGAAGAAGACUACACCCUUUCCUACAUGAACUACACCCUUUUAACAGGAACUACACCUUUUCUACAGGAACUACACCCUUUCUACAGGAUCUACACCCUUUCUACAGGAUCCCUCAUCACCAACCUGAAGUACUGGGGCCGCUGCGAGCCCAUCACCUCCAAGACCCUGCAGCUGCUCAACGACCUCUCCAUCGGCUACAGCAGCGUGCGGAAGCUGGUGAAGCUCAGCGCCGUGCAGUUCAUGCUGAACAACCACACGAGCGAGCACUUUUCCUUCCUGGGGAUCAACAACCAGUCGAGCCUGUCGGACAUGCGCUGCCGCACCACCUUCUACACGGCGCUGGGCCGCCUCCUCAUGGUGGAUUUAGGGGAGGACGAGGAUCAGUACGAGCAGUUCAUGCUGCCCCUCACCGCUGCCUUCGAGGCCGUGGCUCAGAUGUUCAGCACCAACUCCUUCAACGAGCAGGAGGCCAAGCGCACGCUGGUGGGGCUGGUGCGGGACCUGCGCGGCAUCGCCUUCGCCUUCAACGCCAAAACCUCCUUCAUGAUGCUCUUCGAGUGGAUUUACCCCUCCUACAUGCCCAUCCUGCAGAGAGCCAUCGAGCUCUGGUACCACGACCCCGCCUGCACCACGCCCGUGCUCAAACUCAUGGCUGAGCUGGUCCACAACAGAUCCCAGCGGCUCCAGUUCGAUGUCUCCUCUCCCAACGGGAUCCUGCUCUUCCGGGAGACCAGCAAGAUGAUCACGACCUACGGGAAUCGCAUCCUGACGCUGGGCGAGGUGCCCAAGGACCAGGUGUACGCGCUGAAGCUGAAGGGAAUCUCCAUCUGCUUCUCCAUGCUGAAGGCGGCGCUCAGCGGCAGCUACGUCAACUUCGGCGUCUUCCGGCUCUACGGCGACGACGCGCUGGACAACGCGCUGCAGACCUUCAUCAAGCUGCUGCUCUCCAUCCCGCACAGCGACCUGCUGGAUUAUCCCAAGCUGAGCCAAUCCUACUAUUCCCUGCUGGAAGUGCUCACCCAGGACCACAUGAACUUCAUCGCCAGCCUGGAGCCCCACGUCAUCAUGUACAUCCUGUCCUCCAUCUCCGAGGGCCUCACCGCGCUCGACACCAUGGUGUGCACGGGCUGCUGCUCCUGCCUGGACCACAUCGUCACCUACCUGUUCAAGCAGCUCUCGCGCAGCACCAAGAAGAGAUCGACGCCCCUGGCCCAGGAGAGCGAUCGCUUCCUGCACAUCAUGCAGCAGCACCCCGAGAUGAUCCAGCAGAUGCUCUCGACGGUGCUGAACAUCAUCAUCUUCGAGGACUGCCGGAACCAGUGGUCCAUGUCCCGGCCCCUGCUCGGCCUCAUCCUGCUCAACGAGAAGUACUUCUCGGACCUGAGGAACAGCAUCGUCAACAGCCAGCCCCCGGAGAAGCAGCAGGCCAUGCACCUGUGCUUCGAGAACCUCAUGGAGGGCAUCGAGCGCAACCUGCUCACCAAGAACCGCGACAGGUUCACCCAGAACCUGUCGGCGUUCCGGAGGGAAGUCAACGACUCCAUGAAGAACUCGAGCUACGGCGUCAACAGCAACGACAUGAUGAGCUGACAGGCGCAGAGCCCCCGGAUCUCCCUUCCCGAGGGAAGAUCCCAGGGAUCCCCAAUCCCCAGGGAGGAGGGAGCAGCAGGUGGAGCUCACCUGGGCAGGUGUUUUCCCGUGGGAAGGGCAGAAUCCAGGUGCAGGAAUUCCAAGGUGUCUGUGUCUCUCUCUUUUUCCUUCCCUGGCCGGAACGUGGAACCGGCGGCGCUCCGCUGCGAAAAGCCUGCCUUGUAUAAAAAACAACAAAAAAAAAAACAAAAAAAAAAAAAGAAAAAAAAAAAAUGUACAUUUUUUCAUAACAUUUUGGAGCAAGGUUUAUAUUGAGUUUCAGAAA